ACUGCGCCUGCGUAGGCUGCGGCACAGCUAGGCACUGAGAAGCUAGCGGUCAUUUGCUCACUGGUUGUGUAGAAAGAUCGCUUCUCUCUCCAGCUCUCCCUCCUGAUCCCGGGUCUCUGGCUUAGGAUUUGUGCUGAGGCGCCGACUCCUACCAUCCUCUCUCUCUGACAGAUUGCUGAUUUCCCCGUUCCUGCUGCUGACUCCUGGAACCAUGUCUCUGGUAAGCCAGAACGCGCGCCGCGGCAGCGCAGAGACCACUGCAGAUUACGGCGACCGUCAGGGUGAGAUGCAGGCUAGUGACGCCUCUGGGUCUCCGACCUCCAUGCUUGUUCCCCAGGCGCUCCAGGGCCCUCAUGCGCUAAUCAACCCUCAGGAUGCCAGCGCUUCCCAGACUGCGCAGGACCCGAAUGACCUCGAGGUCCUAAUAGAAGAGCAGUCCCAACGUUUGGGGGCGCUCAGGGUCCACGACCCUCUAGAAGACAGGUCAAUUGCUUUGGUGAAUUUCAUGCGAAUGAAAAGCCAAACCGAGGGUUCUAUCCAGCAAGCAGAGAUGCUAGAGUUCCUCAGAGAAUACUCAGAUCAGUUCCCUGAGAUCCUUAGACGAGCCUCAGCCCACCUGGAUCAGGUCUUUGGGUUGAACCUUAGGGUUCUUGAUCCCCAGGCUGACGUUUACAACCUAAUCAGCAAACGGGGUUUCCAGACCACUGAUCGCAUAACAGAAUCCUUGGAUGUGCCAAAGGCAGGUCUCCUGGCCUUGGUCCUAGGCCACAUCCUUCUGAAUGGCAACCGGGCAAGAGAAGCAUCCAUUUGGGACCUGCUGUUAAAGGUUGAUUUGCUGGGUGAUCCCCAGAGGAUCAACAACCUCUUUGGGAACACAAGGAACCUGCUCAUUACUGACUUUGUGCGCAUGCGGUUCUUGGAGUACUGGCCAGUAUAUGGCACUAAUCCCCUCGAAUUUGAAUUCUUGUGGGGCUCUAGAGCCCACAUGGAAAUCACAAAGAUGGAAGCCCUGAAGUUUGUGGCAGAGGCCCAUGAUGAAGAACCCUGGAGCUGGCCAGAAGAAUAUAACAAGGCCCUGGAAGCUGACAAAGCCAAAGAAAGAAGACAGGCUGCUGGCUUGGAAUUCUGGUCAGAGGACACUAUGAAUGAUAAGGCCAAUGAUUUGGUCCAGUUGGCCAUUAAUGUCACUGAGGAGUUGCUGCCUAUACAUCAGGAUGAGCUACUGGCUCACACUGGCAAAGAAUUUGAAGAAGUGUUCCCAAAUAUCCUCAGUCGAGCUACUCUAAUCCUUGAUCUGUUCUAUGGAUUCUCUCUGAUUGAGGUUGAUACGAGUGAGCACAUCUACCUCCUUGUCCAGCAACCAGAAUCAGAAGAAGAGCAAAUGAUGUUAGACAGCCUGGGGAGACCCACUCAAGAAUAUGUGAUGCCAAUUUUGGGUUUGAUCUUCCUGAUGGGCAACCGCGUCAAAGAGGCCAACAUUUGGAACAUGCUUCGUAGAUUUGGUGUGGAUGUAGGGAGAAAGCAUGCCAUCACCUGCAAGCUUAUGAGACAGCGCUACUUGGAAUGCAGGCCACUGUCCUACUCUAAUCCAGUUGAGUAUGAGCUUCUAUGGGGUCCUCGAGCUCACCUUGAAACUACCAAAAUGAAAGCCUUGGAGUAUAUGGCCAGGCUGUACAGAAAGCGACCACAGGACUGGCCAGAGCAAUAUAGGGAGGCUGUUGAAGAUGAGGAGGCCAGAGUCAGAUCUGAGGCAACUGCCGUGUUCUUCUUUGGCCCCAUGUGAAAUCUGGGAAAAUGUAUCACAUUAGUUGGGUGUCAUCAGUUAUAGGUGCCCUGGGGAAAUGGGCACUGGGGCCCCAAAUCACAAGUCAGUCAGGGCUGGGGUGGAAUGUACACAUUGUGUUUGCUAUUUGUGUUCUCUUUCUAAUAGUAUUCCCUCCCUUACAAUAGACCCUUGAAUUAGGUUCAUGAUCAAUGUUUAUAAAUGAAAUUCCUCAUUUGCUAUCCCUGUCUUGUUUUAAUAUAAAACUCAGAUAUCUGUGUAAAUUGUAUUGGUAACGUUUACAUCUUUCUAUGAUGUGGAAGAGAACAUAUAAAUGUUCUUUAAUUGUUUAAAAUAAUUAGUAAAAUGUUGUGGUGCAAAAGUUAAGUAACAAUAGUAACAACACACACACACAACAAAAUCAAACACAAUAUCACUGAUCUGUGGAUGCCUUCUUUGUGUCUACUGUUGUUGUGUAAGAAAAAACUUGCUGGCAUUUACCUGUAUUUGCUUUGCUGUUCCAAAUGUAGUGAAAAAUAUAAGCAUAAUGAAUUAGA